AUGCACUUGGGGGUUUGCAAAGCUGGAUCUAAUGUUUGCUACAAUUGUGGACAAGCUGGUCAUUACUCGUCGCACUGCCCGAGUAAACAACAAGGAAUGGCAAGAGGGAAGCCUGAUCAGAGUUCGGCUCAGCCCUUGAGAGCCAUUAUGGGGUAUCCGCAACCGCCCCAACAACAGCGCCAGCCGCAAGGUCCACAGAAACACCAGAAACAGCAGCAGCAGCAACAACAACUACCACAGCAUCAGAGAGCCUUUGCGCUCAAUGAGAAACAGCCCGAGAAAAAUCAGGGAAACCUGACAGGUAUGGGCAAGAUUUUGGAUGUACCAGUUAUAGUUCUGUUUGAUACAGGAGCUUCGCAUUCUUUUGUUGCUCAAGCAUGCGUAAAUACUUUCAAACUGGAACCAAAACUAGCUACACCCGAAUUGAGAGUAAUUACUCCUGUAGGGUUUAUCACAUCAAGAUCCAUUAGUGCCUUCUCCCAUGCCUCCUGCUCUUACCCUUCUUCCGACGACUCCUCUCCUCCGAAUCAGAGUCGGAACCAGAAUCCGACUAUGAGGACUCAGACGACGAGAAGUAACUCCGAUGCCUCCUCUUCCUCUGCUUCUUCUUCUUGCUCCUCCUCUUCCUCCUCCUCUCCUCCGCGCCGACUGGAACUUUGGGAGAGAGGCGGCGAAGAGGGAGCCGUGAGAUUCGACAGUGGGAUGGGGCGGCGACUCGAAGAAGGGCUGCGCCGGGCCGUCGUCGUCGAUGUGGCUGUGACUUGA